AUGAGCGGCGUAUUGUCAGAUGCUGUAGCACUGGCGGUGGAGGGCCCUCGUGGGAGUCGGGUGGAUUUGCAGCAGAACCCAUGGGAGUGCGACUGCGGGGCCACGUCACUGAAGCGCUGGCUGGAGGGACUGAGCGCCGUGGUGGUGAUGGGCGAGGUGGUCUGUCAUUCCCCAGCAAAGACCAAGGGUGUGGACCUGCGAUCGGUUUCCAUGGAGCUCCUGUGCCCCGAGAUGGAAGAACUCGAAGGCACCACCCAACCGGAAGACGGACCAUCGCCAGCAACACCCACUACCGUUGCUGAAAGAGGUACCACCACGGAAUACCCCAGCGAGGUCCCCGGUCCAGUCAGCCCCUCUACGAAAGACUCCAUCCCGUUGUCCGUUCUGGUCCUCAGCCUCUUGAUUUUGUUCGUCUCGGCGUUCUUUGCAGCCGCCGCGUUGAUGGCUUACGCGCUGAAACGCAGGGACAAGCUUCCGUUUCGUCGGCAAGGCGAGGUGGAUCUGGCCGGUAUUCAAAUGGAAUGCGGGAUUUUCACAGAGCAGUCCCAUCACCACCACCAUCACCACCAUGGAAUACCAGAGACGCCGACUCUUCCCGCCGAACACAGUCACGUUUACGACACCAUUCUACCGCCGGAAGCUUCCAAUCGCGUCUACAAAGAGGACCAGGACCCAGCGGCAAAGCAGAGAACGAUACAGCAAGAAAAAGCAAGCGAAACGGAAGGAGCGUACCGUACAACUUCUGAAAAAGAUAAGGAGUGGUCUGUGGAAGGCGCAACGUCAAGUCCCAUCAGCACCGUGACGGGAACUGUGGGAGCUCUGGCCGGUCUCCACGGAAAUGGUAUCCUCUGUCCGACCGUGAUCGACAGUCAAGGACCCACACCCAAAGUGGAGCUGGUUGACUGCUUGUUCAGGAUUCCAAACCCGGGCGGGUACGCAAGGCCGCCGCCAAGAUAUCCGCACCACCCGGACUCAAGCGUGCAAGACACUCGGGGUGAGCCGUCGCUAGUAGUGACAACAGCUAGCAGCUCCACAGGGGCCAAUAGCGAGCAUAUGGCCAGACUGAGGACCAAGCCGGACUAUAUGGAAGUUUUGGAUCGCUCCUAUCAGUUUUAA